GUUGCUUCUUGUAUUUCUUCUACAAAUUAACUAAGUUAGGUCGAAGAGAAACAGGUGGUGGUGACUGCUGAGCCUUCCGACUGCAAUUGAUUUGCUGCCGAGUCUCUCUCUGGCACAAUGGCGGCGGCAUUUUCUUUCGCUUCGACGACCUCCAAACACUCUUCUACUUUCAUGUCAUCCAAUUCUUCCCACAACUUCGUCCCUCCUUCCUCUCGCUCCAUAUCUCUCCCUCUCCCACCUCCGUCGCCUCUCUCCCUCUCCACCUCCACCGCCGCCGCCGUCUCUUUCCGUAUCCGCUGCCUCGACGCCGCGCAGCCGUUCGACUACGAGUCCCAGCUCCGCUCCGAGCACCUCAAGUCCCAAUCGCUCAAGGUCGCCAUCCUCGGAUUCGGCAAUUACGGCCAGUUCCUCGCCAAAACACUAACCCGCCAGGGCCACACCGUCAUCGCCCACUCCCGCACCGACUACUCCGACGCCGCCGCCUCCCUCGGCGUCCAGUUCUACUCCAACCCGCACGAUCUCUGCGAGAGCCACCCGGAAGUGGUACUGCUCUGCACAUCCAUCCUCUCCUCCGAGAAGGUACUCCAGUCCUUCCCCUUUCAGAGACUGAAACGCAAUACUCUUUUUGUCGAUGUGCUAUCCGUGAAAGAAUUCGCCAAGACCAUUAUGUUGAAGUAUUUGCCCGUGGAGUUCGAUGUAUUGUGUACGCAUCCAAUGUUUGGACCCGAGAGUGGGAAGCAUUCUUGGGCAGGGUUGCCGUUUGUGUAUGAUAAGGUGCGAAUUGGGAACAACGAGGAUAGGAUCAGUCGGUGCGACAAGUUCUUGGACAUUUUUAGUAGAGAAGGGUGCAGGAUGGUGGAGAUGAGUUGUGCUGAGCACGAUCGCUAUGCUGCGGGAUCACAGUUCGUGACCCAUGCCAUGGGGAGGGUGUUGGAGAAGUUUGGGCUGGAGUCGUCUCCGAUCAACACCAAAGGGUACGAGACGUUGCUGAAUUUGGUGGAGAACACGUCCGGUGAUAGCUUCGAGUUGUUUUAUGGCUUGUUCCUGUGUAAUCAGAAUGCCAUGGAGCAGUUGGAGAGGCUGGACAUGGCUUUUGAAGCCAUUAAGAAGGAGUUGUUUGGGAAAUUGCAUCAGGUUUACAGGAAGCAGUUGUUUGGGGAUUUAGAAGUUGGUGAAGAGGAGAGCUUUAGGAUUCAGAAAUUGCUUGUUAAUGGUGCCUCCGGGAAGCCGCCGCCUUCUGAAACCUUGAGUGAAGAUGGAUCUUCGGGUUAAGAGUUGUUAAAUCGAUCGUUGGUGUUGUUGGAAAGCUUUCAAAGAAGAUGGCGUGUUGCAGUUUUGCAGUUUAGGGUUUGGUGAGUGAGCUGUUGUUUCCCAGACGGCCUUAUGCAGCAAUGGUGUAGUGGUUGUGAAGAAGAAUCUGAUUCAUAAAUCAUCUUUGUGACUUGGGUGAGAUCUGUUUACUUUUGAACUCAUUCCAUUUGUCUACAAGUAAGUACUGUCGUUAAGAUUUUAUGGUAUUAAUCAGUAAGUUGUUGAUGGAAAGGCCUACAUGGUUAUUACUUAGUAGACAGUAGAUAUCAAUAGAAGCUUUCCCAGUGUGCAUGACCUAUGUGAUCAAGCUAUUCCGUCAGAGUAACUGGUGUUAGUGUUCCACAGACCUGUUUGUCCACAUUGUUUGUUUAGUUUUCACAGACUUGCACAGACAAAUAAGUCCCUGUUUUGUUC